ACCAUCUCAUAAAUAAAUAAAUAGAAAAACUAAAAAUAGGUUAAAAUUAUCAGUGAACCUUAGCGGUUCUCGGGGUAUUUACUUGCCCCUCCUCCUUCUUCCCGGCCUUCUGUAUAAACCACAGCGACAUGGGCGAUCUCCGUUCCUCAGUGCUUCACUACCAUGCCUCGGUCCUUCCCUUUCCUGGAGAGCAGCAAGAUCUCAACUUCCAUCUGUUUCCGUUGACGAGAUGAGUGAGAACGGCGCCGCCAUGUGCUGCCAGCAGACUGCUUUCGCUCCCCAGAGCAUCUCACUCGAGCUUGGGGACGGGCACCAGACCGUCGAUGGUGGAAGCGAGUGCUACGACGACGACGACGGCCGGACCAAGCGGACUGGGACCUUGUGGAUGGCGAGCGCACACAUCGUGACGGCGGUGAUCGGCUCCGGCGUACUUUCGCUGGCCUGGGCGACCGGGAAACUCUUCUGGGCCAGCGAUCCCAUGACCGGGAAGCACAGCUACAACUACAUGAACGCCAUCAGAUGCGGUGGUAAAAGGAGCCGGCCGAGGACGAUUCAAAGAUAGGAAAAGCAGCUAACGUGGAGGUCAAAGUCAAGGUGAUCAAAGACAUAAAAUUGCCGGGUUAUCAAAGUUGGUUGGGCGGGUGACAGCAGCUUGAUUGGACUUGAAGGGUCCGAUCGACCUAGAGCCUCGUCUAAUCAAAUUGUUGUCUGAUAGAGCGAUAGGUUGCGCGCCAAUAGUCGGACGACUAAAUAAAGGAGAAUAGAUGUUCGCAAUUGUGACGAUCCUAUAAGGACUAGUUCAAUCGGACCGCCUGUCCGUCCGUACGAGGAAUAACUUAUUGAGCUGAGUGGCCAUGGAGAAGAACGGCCUAGAGCGAUCGGACGGGGAAUCCAAGUAGAGCGGCUCCCCCGCUCGGCCAAAUAGUGGGGCCCCUUGCUUAGGUCAUUGUAUCAUUUUGAGAGUUAGUGUCGCUGAUAACAAAAUAUGGUCAGUAGGUAAAUCGUAC